GAGCUACGUGCAGAGUUCACAUCCACCACCAAAAAUCUCAAUCGACCACCCCGUGCAGACGUAUACCAGGAGCUCAGACACCUCGAAACUACAGUCUCAAGCCAUUUGAAGAGUGAAGGCAGUGAAUUUACUUUCAGUUAUACGAGCAUCCAUGUAUUUACAGUCUGCAAUGCGCGUGUUUAUAUGAUCGCAAGAUUGGUUAAAUAACGCGCGCGGGUUUAUGCAGAUCAUUGAGGAAGUGAUUGAUUUAUUUGCCGUCGGUUGUGAGUAGAAACGGUAUCAUAUUGCAGAGACGCUGAAUUUGAGCUCUUUUCAUCAGUUUUGGAAAGAGAAGAAGGGAGGAGUGGCAGAGAACCCGCUGCCUCCUGAAUUCUGAAUCCUGCCUAAAAUCCACAGAGAUGAUAUAUCUGCCAGUGUUAUCCAUGACCUCAGAUUUACAGCAUUACAGUUUCAGGAUGCCGAAUAUAGGGUUCCAAAACCUUCCCCUCAAUAUCUACAUUGUUGUGUUUGGAACGGCCAUUUUCGUCUUCAUUCUCAGCCUUCUCUUCUGCUGCUAUUUGAUUCGGUUACGGCACCAGGCACACAAAGAGCUCUAUGCAUACAAGCAGGUUAUUCAGAAGGAAAAGGUCAAAGAAUUAAACUUACAUGAGAUUUGUGCGGUGUGUCUGGAGGAAUUCAAGCAGAAAGAUGAGCUGGGAAUCUGCCCGUGCAAACAUGCCUUUCACAGAAAAUGCCUUAUUAAAUGGCUGGAAGUGAGGAAGGUAUGCCCGCUAUGCAACAUGCCCGUCUUGCAGCUGGCGCAGCAGCAAAGCAUGCCCGAGCCUGUGCUGCCCAUGCAGCAGCAUCUGCCAGGGGUGGAAAACCUAGUGUAGCACCUCCUGCUUCUCCUAAAGAUGCGACCACCACUACCUUCACACUCCCUAUCCAAGGUACACGCUCAAAUCCAAGGACAUGCCGAAGAUUUGUGCCCAGAUCCAUCGUGACCAGUGACCCGCCUGAAUUCAUGUUCUGCCAUGGUGACUUUACAAAAGAUUCGUUUAAAUUACAAUAACAGACGAAUUACACAAUCUCUCCUACUUGGUUUUAGCUUUUUUCAUUUUUUCCAAUGGGUUAAUGAAGAAGUGAAUUUACAUGGCCAAGCCAUGUAUAAAGUAACCGUUCCACACCAAAGCACUUUUUAGAGGGACACCUGUGAGAGGCAAAAAAGCCAAGGACUACAAGAUGACAAAAUGCAUUAACCACCCCACACACACACACACACACACAUUUUUUUUAACUAAAGCAAACUCAAGCCAAGUUGCUUGUGAUGGUAGUGAGAUUUUAUUUUGUAUUUUAUAAUUUCAACCUUUUUUAAGUUGAUGUACACACAGCCACAGAGCAAACCAGUGGUUUUAUUUUAAUUCGAGAGGGUAACGUUUAUACUGUAUAUUAAAGGGACAACAGCUUUCCAUUGUGUAUAUGUUUGAUUGCGUGAGUGUUUGUGUACUGAUGGUCAGGAGAAAGAAACGUAGUUUCACACAUGAACAAAAUAGAUCCCUAAAAACACAACAGAUCGUAUUAGUAACCUUUGCAAAUGUUGACUUUUAACACUGAUCUUGGACAGUGUGUUAAGGUGUGAAUUUAAGAGAAAAGAGAGUGUCUGUAGGGCUAUAUUGGUAGAUACGGUUCACUGUGAACUUUAAGCUGGUGGCCAAAACAAAUGUGAAUGCAGAGUUUGUAUUAGUAAGGAAAUUUACAGCAGUAUCUGACCUGUGUUCUAUGGAAGUCUUUCAGUUUGAACUGCUUUUAACUGAGAGCUUGAUGACAACACAGAAACACACACACACACACACACACACACACACACUUUUGGUACCUUUUGGUCUAAGGCUGUAUUGUCACAGAUAUACAUUUACAGCUAACUUACUGAUCACAAUUCAAAAAUGGCAUUUUCUUCCAUGGAAUAGUGACACUAUGCCAAGAAAAUCUUGCGUGUGUGUGUGUGUGUGUGUGUAUGUGUGUGUUUACAGACACUGGCUCUCUUACUGUAGCACAGCAUAUCGUUCGGAGUAGAUUAGUAAGUAUACUUGGCAUAAAGCCCCAGAUCGGUCUUGUAAAUCGAGUAUUAAUAAAUCAAAAUGCUGCUCUACCGAAGCAAAUCAAACUAGACACCCUACAGAAACAAAAUCCAUUCUGACUGAAGUCAUUGGGACAGCAGAAUACUCUCAGUAUUGACCUGGUUUGUAGACACUCUAGUCUAGUAUCAUUCCAGAAUCUUUAGCAGUGAAUCAGUCCUGUGCUUUUUACACAUAGACAUAAAGAAUCCCCAGCCAUUAAGAUCAAUGACAUCCCUCAUACAUUGGAGCUUGCUUUAUUCUCUAUAAUACAAUGGAAGCUCUGGCUCUUUCCCCAUUCUCUGCUCUAUAGUAAUGUCUUCAUUCAGAGCCAAUGCCCCCAGCCUCCAGGGGUGUUAUGGCAACCUGAAAGGAAAAAUGUUAGUGUAUUGGAUUGGUGGUAAGGGAUUGUCCAAAACAAUGGUCAUAAAACAUAAGUGGGUCAUAAAUGAUGACCAGCAAUGAACAGCCCCAUUAUUUUGUUGCAAAGUAGAAUUCUCAGGCACAAGUAAUAUUUUAAAUGAAUCCAAGCUAAGUGCUGUCAGGUCAUAGGUUGAAUGGUGUACUCAUUGCCAAGCAAACUGCCCACCAAGUUCUACAAUAUAUCUUUGUGUUUUUUGGGUAUUUUUUUAUUAUUGUUUUAUUUAUUUUUUUUGCAUAUGCUGCGUGUAUGAAAAAAUGAAUGAGAUUUUUAGUUUUUAUUUUGGCUUUUUUCCCUUUGUGCUUUGCUUUGGUACAUUGUCAUUGUCUUACUAAAGUGUAAAACACUCCUUCAGAAAUGUAAUUCCUUAUCCUGGACAAAUAUUGUUAAAUUUGAGUCCUAAAUUAGGACUUCUUUAUCUCUUUGUGUUUUUUUUGUUUGUUUAUUUUUUUAACACAGCAGGUCUUAAAGGUGUACAAAGAGUCACUCUGAUAAUGAAUGUAUGCAAAUAGAGAGCUGUGGUUUGACUGUGUCAUUAUAAUGUGAAAGUUGUUGAUUGUGUCUAAAAUUAAGAGUUACAUCACUGCACUUUUCAUAAUCUUCUGUUUUGGUGGUAUUGGAGCCUCACCAUUGCGACAACUGAAAUUGAAAUAUUUCAAUAGUAUUAUCUAACAGCACUAAUGUAGUAAUAUGAGUAUUCAGUAAUAAAGACAAAAAGAAAGGCUUUGUGGCAAUGUUUAAAAAAUAAAAAUAAAUGCCACAACCUUAAGUUUAAAAGCAUAUCUAGAGAUCAGGAAGGUGUAUUCAGUAAAAUGGGGUGAAUACAGGUAAAGUGGGACAACUGUUGAAGUGGGACACAUAAGCUUAAUCAUCUAUCAUUAUGUGUAUAUUCUUUCAUUACUAAAAAAUUGUCCAUUUGGAUCAUACUGUAUUUGAAAAACAAUGCCUAUGACAAAUUAUCAGUAAGUGUCCCACUUUACCUGCAUUCACCCCUGAAUGUGUUUAUAACCAACUAAGUAGCCCUCCAGUAAGAUGGAAAUGUUAAGUGAUAGGCUAAAGCAUAUCUUUACUUAACAUAUUCAAACUAAUGUUUUCUACUGAUCAUUACUGAGAAUGCCAUAUCUGGAUAACCAGAUUUUAUUUUGGAAAAGCAAAGUUAGGAUUUAUGGCUCUCAUUUAAGUUAAUUGUGUCCUGUUUGUCUUUUAACAGGCUUUGUAAUAUGGAACAGUCAUCAUUUUUUUAUAGAAUGAUUUCUGAAAUAAUAUGUUUUAUUAUUAAAACUGAACUGCCAAUUUAUUAGCUGUCAUUGCCACCAUGAAAAUGCCACGUGCUUCUUCACCUGGUCCAGUUUGACCUUCUUGACCUCACCACUCUUUCUCCUCAUGCUGAGAUCACUUAUAUUGCCCCACCCCUCACCAUUCACAUCAUUGUGACCUCACACUUGUAAACAUACAUGAGCCCCACCCUUCUCAACCCAGUCUUGUUUUAACACUGCUAAUGUUUGUGGAUCUCACAAACAUGUUUGUAAAAGUAAGAAUUCUGCAGCAGAAUUAUUUCUGUACAGUAUUUGUAAACUAUAUUUUUGUAUAUUUAAUCAACAUUUUGAAGAAAAAAUUAAAAUGCAAAGAUGCUUUUUUUGUGCUAAUUUUGUGUUAUAUUCAUUAAAAUAUGUUGCAUGUAACUGACUUGAAUUGUAAAUAAAGUUGCCAU